CUCAAUUGAACUAGGUCGUUGAGAACUAUACAAUACUAAACCUGGCGCAUUGCGCAUUUCCACUAAUAUAUAAAAAAUAUCUGAAUAUACCACAAACAAGAUUUCUAAAAAUAGUUGGUGCUAGUCUUAAUAGAAGACUGGUUUGGAGAAAAUGACGGAUGUUUGCGAACCUUUAACACUUGCAAGAGAUGUCAAACGUUCAAUUGAGUUGUUGGAAAAACUCCAAGCUAGCGGAGACUUUCCUACGACGAAAUUAGCAGCCUUACAAAAAGUACUUCAAAGUGAUUUCCUAAACGCUGUACGCGAAGUGUACGAACAUGUUUACGAGACGGUGGAUAUACAAGGAUCACAAGAUGUGCGAGCAUCAGCAACAGCUAAGGCCACAAUAGCAGCAUUCGCAGCAAGUGAGGGUCAUGCUCACCCCAGAGUCGUGGAAUUACCAAAAACGGAAGAGGGCCUUGGUUUCAAUGUAAUGGGAGGUAAGGAACAAAAUUCACCAAUUUAUAUAUCCCGCAUUAUUCCUGGUGGUGUGGCAGAUCGGCACGGUGGUUUGAAACGGGGCGACCAACUUUUAUCUGUGAAUGGAGUGUCUGUUGAAGGUGAAAAUCACGAAAAAGCGGUGGAGCUUUUGAAACAAGCUGUGGGCUCUGUCAAACUUGUUGUAAGAUAUACUCCGAAAGUUCUCGAAGAAAUGGAAAUGAGGUUUGACAAGCAGCGCACCACAAGAAGAAGGCAAUAAGAUUUAGUGAGAAGCAGGCCUUAAAAACAACUUUAUAUUCAAUUAGACGCGACAUAUAAAUAGAGGCGCUAAACAUAUUUAUUAUUGCUGUUAAAAUUAAACUAAUAAAAAUACAUUUCUUCGUUUA